AAGCAAUAUAUUUUGCUGAGUUUGGCUAGUUAUAUUUUCAUUUACAUAUACAAUAUACGUGAAAAACCGUAGAAUGAUCGAUUCGAACAAAGAAUAAACACUAUGUACAUUUAAUUUUUCAUUUUUGAAACAGGAGCUAAUUUUGGAUGAUCAAAGGAGCGAUAAGAAAGUUGAGAGAUGGAAAAACGUUCAAAAUCUUCAUACAGGACAGAUUUGAAGCAUAUUCUCCAAAUAAUUCUUUAUCAAUCUUUUGCUGAGCUAAAUUAGUAAUGAAAACCCAAAUUCCCUCGUCUUUAAAUUGUACAUACGCUUGAAUCCACAGAUUCAUUCAUUACAUCUGCAUUGUCAUCACAAAGCAACAUUUAUUCGGUUUGCAAGUCAACAUCUUGAGUUCCUCGAACAUCUUCAUAUCCACCCGUGGGGCGAAAAAUGUGUAGAGAAAUAUGGUGGGGAAAUUAAAUUUGCAAAUUUAAAACAUCUAAAAAUCACUCAAGGAUGUAUGUUUCAUCCAACCAUGGCCACACACACACACACACACACACAUGAAGCAUGUAUAUUUCAUCCGACUAUAGGUUUAGACAUGCAAAUGCGUGUUUUAUCCCCGCAUGCAAAUAUGAGGAAAUCGCUUUUUCUCUCACGCAUGUGUGCAUAUUUUCCACAUUUCCCCUCUCAGUCAGUUGUGCACAAGAGAGAGAGAGAAAGAGAUAACUCGAGCGAGCGAAGUAGAGAAAUAAACGAGAUAGUAUCUAUAAAGGCAAAUGCUCAUGUGGAAAAGCACCGUCGACCGUCGUAUUGGUUUGAAACUAACGGUGUACGGUUGGACUGAGAGUGUGAGUCUCUCAUUCUUUGUGUGUGCAUGCAUACUGUGCAUGCAUACACACAUUUGCUACGAUUGGACUUGGUUUUCAAUAACGACUGUAUACUGUGUCAUAUGGGACGAAUGAAACAGAAAAAUACAGAACAAUAACAGCAACAGUAGCAGCGGGUCACACACAUAAACAGUACGGAACAGUGUACACAUUGGAACGGAGGAUCAUCAUCAUCAUCAUCGUUGUUGAUUAUUCUAUAAAAAUACACACGACAUCGCGUUCGCCUCGAAUGCAAGACAGUGACAGUGAGUGUGCGAAAAAGACGGACACAGAGAGACAGGUCUUGUGUUUUUGUGUAGCAUGUUGUCGGUGUCAAUGCAUCGACAUCUCGACGAAACGUAUUCCGAAAUAUUCAUUUAAUUUUUUUUUUCCUUGUGCCACCGAUUCAAAUGCGUUGAAUAUUUUCCGUUUUGUCUUUGCCUGUUUGUGACAGAGAGAGAGAGAGAGAGAGUGAGAGAGUGAUUAUAGACAGAGCUAAUAAAAAUAUAGGGAAAAAAAAAACAAAACAGAGUGAAAAAGUACGGAGUCUAUAAAAACUGUAGUGUGAAGAACAGGCUCAAGUGUGAUACACAUACUGAAAAAUCGCCGAGAAAAACAAUGUCAAAAAAUUAGAUUUAGAUCCUUGUUGCGGCUUCCAAUUAACAACCAACAACAGUAGCGGCCCAUACAUACACACACACACACAUACGCUCUCAAAAUGACGAUCAAACCCAUAAAAUCGGAUAACAGCGAACCGGAGGUGAAUCAACAGCAUCGCGAGUGCUUGAAUAAAAUCUCAUCACCAAAAAGCCCGUCGACACAGCAUGGAAUCGAACAGCGAAACAAUCUUCGGAACACCGGCUAUGGGGUGGAUGACGUAGUGGUCAACCGUCAUCGGCGCACAAAUCAAAAAAGUGGGUCAUCACACGGUGGUCCAAGCAACAGCAAUACUCAGAAGCAUCAUAAGCAGCGUUUAGUGAAUAUAAACAGCAGCAGCACAAAUGGCACAUGCUCGAAUGAUUCGGGUGGCCAGACAUCGAACGACGAGACCAUUGGCAAUAGCACAAAUUCGGUGCCGGGAAAUGCGCUGCCAACCAUACAAUCAACACCGUCAAAUGUGAUAACAAACAGUUGCUUCAUCGCUGGCAACAACAGUAGCAAUAAUCUUAACAGUAAUAGUAAUCUAAACAACAAUGGCAACAGUUCAACGGCUGUCAACCUCAAUCUCAAGAAUUCACCGGAUCGAGGUCGAGAGAAUGACGUUGAAGACGAUCAAAAUAGUUAUUCGGGAUACAACAGUGGUGAUGAGCAUCAUGGCCAAAAGUACGAUCUAACACCAGAAGAAUGGGAAGAGCGCGAUAAAUUGUUUGUAAAAACGAUGAACGAUCGCGGUUUUGUUAUCGAACAAAUUGUCGAGGAUGGUGCCUGUCUGUUCCGUUCGAUAUCGCUGCAAAUUUAUGGCGAUCAGGACAUGCACGAAAUCAUUCGCAAUCAAACGAUGGAUUAUAUUUAUCAAAAUCGCGAAUAUUUCAUGCAGUUUGUAACCGAAGACAUCGACAGCUAUGUUUCGCGCAAGCGAAAUAAUCACGUCCACGGCAAUCACAUAGAAAUUCAAGCAAUUUCCGAAAUAUUCAAUCGACCCGUAGAGAUUUAUGCAUAUCACACAGGUACAUUUAAAUCUGUUUCUUUUUUUUCUGCAUCAUAUUGGAAUUGAUUUAGUCUGACCCGU